CACAGAGAAGCAGAGGUGACAAAUGAUUCACCAGUACAGAAAAGACCUUAGAUUUGCCUGUUACAGCUGAGCGAAGCACUACUGACCGAGAAGAAAACAUGAAGAAACCUUUAGCUUUUCUACUCAUUUUUUCCCUUUGUCUCAGUGGGACACUUCAAACCACAGAUAAAAACAAAGAAAAGCAUCAGAAUAAAAAGUUGAAGGAUGCCUUUCCUAUACCCAGAAUAUUUCCAGGGGACCUAAUCACUCAGAAGGACCCAUCCCAAAAUGGGACCCUGGCUCCUAACUCAUCAGAUUUCUUUCCAGAGCUACAUUUGCAAGACAACACAAGUGCCCAGUACAUCCAAGGCCCGCUGAGCACCAGAGUCAUCCCUGUUAUUUAUAUUUUGGUGCUUACUGUUGGGAUCCCAGCCAACAUCGUUAUCUUGGGGACCCUAGCCACUAAAAUUAGAAAGGUGUCCUCUGCCAUCCUCUACUGCAGCCUGGCUGUCUCCGACCUCUUCCUUCUCUUCUCCCUCUUCUUCAAGGCUCACUACCAUCUCCAUGGCAACCACUGGCUGUUCGGAGAGCCUGCCUGUCGACUGGUCACGGCCUGUUUCUAUGGCAACCUCUACUGCUCAGCUCAGACCCUGGCCUGCAUCAGCAUAAAACGCUACCUAGCUGUAGCACACCCGUUCAUGUACAAAAGUCUCCCCAAGAGGAUGUACACGUCAUGGGUCUGCGUGGUCGUAUGGGGGGUGUUUGGUGCUGCUGUCAUCCCUGAGCUCCUUAUCCAGCAGACCUACUGGAUCCCACAACUGCACAUCCUCACAUGCCACGAUGUGUUGCCUGUGCGUUAUGACUCCCAUUCCUUCUUGCUCUACUACAACCUGUUUCUCACCAUCUUCGGCCUCCUUUUGCCACUGGUGGUCACCAUCAUGUGCUAUGUCCGAAUCAUGCAUGAGCUAAACCAGGCACAUAGUGACUGGGCGCUGUACAUGAAGGCCAGUUCGCUGGUGUUUGUCAUCUUUGUGGUGUGUUUUGCCCCUGCUGGAGUCCUGCAUUUUCUCCAUUAUGUGAACCUGUCUGUGAAUGGAACAGGGAUUUUAUAUGUGUACUUUAACGUGGCGGUGUGUUUGUGCUGCCUCCAUUCCUGUCUGGACCCUUUUCUGUUUCUGCUCAUGUCCAAGUCCACAGGCUCCAGCCGUUACUUAAAGGGCUUCAAAGGCCAAACCCUAAGUAUAUCCGUCUAAGACUAAGACUGGGUUUGGCUUUGCAGCUUAUGAUGAGUGAGAAAAACAAAAGAACUUUCAUGCAGACAUAUAUAUAUAUAUAUGACUGUGUUUAACAUAAGCUUAGUGCAGACGGAAAUUUUUCAGCUAUAUUCCCAUAAAAACUGAACAUUUAAUGAUUCAGUGUGUGACAUGAAGCUUUUCUGGAGGUGAAUCAACCAGCUGAACUGACUUAUUCAACAGCCAUAACUGUGGAUACAAAAUCAUAGAAUUCCCUUUUUGCUGUUUUGGGACUUUUUCUGAAGGGAAUAAUACCCCGGGUUCACUCUCACACAUUGUGGAUUAUAUCGAUGGACGUUAACACUGGAUGUCACCCGCCGUAAAAUCCAAAAAACGACAAGUGGGAGUCAUGGAGGACGGUGACCCACUGCCUCUGCAGAUAUGAUCUAUUUAUGAACUGCAUUCUCUGCAUUUAGAAAAUCUUAAGUCACCCUUAGUUAUACACACAGGCCCUUCAAUUGUAUAAUACAAAUGUGAAUGAUAAAGGGAAAUUAAUAUAGAAAUGAUGUACAUAAUAGUUUACACAUGUUGAUGUAUAUUUUCUUUUACAGUAUUUUGUUUGAUGUUUUUGGUAUAGUGAAAAUCAAAAAGUAACGUCUUAUUUUCUUAUUUAUUUUGAUGUUAAUAUAACAUUCCAUAUGAAACUAUUCUGUCUCUUCUCAGAAUCCACUUUUACACAGACUUUGUGCACAAUGUUUGGCUUGUGCUUUAAAUGUCUUUUUGUUCUUUUAUCAUUUGAUCUGUUGAUUAUCCAUUUACCCCUACUGGUACUCCUCCGCCACUGAGUUCAUAUUUCCUGUCUCGGGUGCGACAGGAUGUAGGGUGACAUACACCACCACAUGCAUUAUCAUACGAGCAAACGCCCACUGGGACACACACAUUCAAGAGAUGGAAAAAUGUAGCAAUGUAUGGUAAAUAAAGUAAAGAUCAGUUGACUCACCGAUGGGACAGUUUUGUGAAUAUUUUAGUAAAGAAGUAUAAUAAGAAAUCUAAAUCUGUGUUUAAGCAAGUAGUCACCAUGACGUUUACUGAUCCAGAAGCUGUGAAAAAUAGUGCACAUUUCAGUCAAGGAGUUUGGUGAAUCCUAAUGUUUACAGUUAGUUUACUCUGUUGGUUAUCAUUCAAUAGUUAAAGGGGGAAAUAAAGAAGAAACAAAUAGUUAAAGGGGAAAAAGAUCAAGAUGUACAGGCUGUGAUCCAAUGUCAGGAGCUCAGAUAGUUAGCUUUAAAAGGUAGAGCUGUACAACUAUAAUAGUAUUUAAAUGACACAAGCCCUCAGUAUUUGGUCUCUCAAGGGGUCGGUGUAUCAGAAAGUGUUGCUGACUUGUGUUUGUUUAAUCUGAAUUGUCAUUUUAGCUCAGUUUCAACAACAUGACAAGAUGCACCUGAAACCAUCCUCAUACUCUACUCAUUCACAUAUCACUUACUUGAAAAAAGUUGUGAGUUACUGAGUGUUUGUGAGUUACUUAAAAUUGAAAAUAUAGGUGACAAUGUUUUCACAGAAGAGUUUUUUUAUCAUCAUUAUUUUAAAAGUUUGAAUAUUUUUGUCAUCCUUUACUUUUUGUCGUGUUUAUGAAUUGUAUUGUACUUGACAAGUAAAUUAAACAGACCUGUAUAAAACCACA